AUGUCGACGCGGUCUGGUAUCAUGAUCUUCAAGUUGCAACUGCCGAUCGAGGUAUGGGAACGAGUCAUUGACCACCUCUGGGAGGACUAUCCAGAGUUAUUCGCAUGCUCGCUGGUCUGCAGAGCCUGGCGUGCUCGGUGCUCUUUCCAGCUGCUCAGCAGAGUCUUCCUCCACUCGCGCGCCGACGUCUACAGACUCGCGAAACGCUUGAAGUCACAGCACGCCUACAGGGAGCAGGUCCACACGCUGAUCGUGCGCGGAGACCCCAAGGAGGAGACGCGCAAACCGAUUCCCCAGCUGGGUACGCUCGCGGCUGUCUUCGCAGCGAGCCCCCCGUACGCGAAAGACAUGGGUAUAUGGCAUGCCACAUGGCAAAGCAGCUUGAUCCCAAAGGACGUGUUCUUACAUCUCACCACGUUCGUCGCCGUAACGCGACUCACCCUCGCGCACGUCACCUUCCCUACAGUGCUUACUUUCGGCCGUCUCACCUCCGCCCUGCCCAACCUGCAGACCCUCGCGUGCCGGGAUGUCGCGUUCGAGAAGAAACGCUUCCCCAUCGCCUUCCUAGCGGGACCUUCUACUAUCGUGGACUUCAAUAUGCUGUGUGGGACGCCGAUGGACGAAGUGGUCGAUUUCCUUGUCACGACAGCUGGCAUCGCGCAGGGGCUGGAGGAGCUACGUGUUGCGUUCUGGGACCCCGCUCCUCUUCUGAAGGAUCUAAAGGCUCUUCGCGUCAAGCAGCUCCUACAGGCUGCGAGCGAUUCACUGUCAACAUUCGACAUUCGAUUUGGGGGCGUGGACCUGGAUCCUGCAGCCGCCUCUGAAGCAAUAAACGAGCUCGAUCUCAGCACCAACUCAAAUCUCAGAGAUCUCCGGCUGACACUCCAGGUCCUCCGUGUUCCCCCAGAGGGGAAACCCGUCCAGGAGUGCACUUGGCUGUACACCCUCCUCUCGAGGAUCGUCCCCGAGGAACUUGUGUGCCUCUCCUUGGAAUUCGACAUCCGCGACAUGAAAACUGAGACGGAUCCUGUCGCCGCCCUCGACAUGGUAUCCAUGCUCUUGACUUCAGGGCUCUCGUCCAAGAUCGACGCCCUCCUCACAGACGCGAAGUUCAAGAACCUGCAGAGCGUGUAUAUCGCUGUGUUCUGCGCCACUCGAGGAGUCCUUGCGGAUGAAGAUAACUGGUCGCUGAUCGUGCAGCCGCGCUUCCCUGAGCUGAACAAGCGUGGUAUCCUUCACACAGCGGUGGAUAUCGAUCUCGAACGCUGA